AUGAGCUACAAUAACGUUCCGCCUCCAAGAAGUGCUCGUUCUCACUCUAAUAAUUAUAACACUUAUGAUGAAAAAGAUGAUCAGAUGAAUAAGGUAACAUUGACUUUCGUUAUUUUAUUCUUUUAGUAUGACGAUCUGUGUAAAAAAGGGAGAAACACAGAUUCCAAACAUCGGCCAGAUGAAAACAGCGAUGAUGAGUACUUUAACGAUGCUGAAGAAGACACUAACGUAAGUAAAAAGAGUAAUGAGGAAGAAGAAGUUGAUGAACUGGACUUGUUCAUGGCCGGGAUCGAGCAACAAGCCAAGAAAGAUGUCGAAGUAAGCAAAGAAAAGGAAAGUAGUGGCGCAGUCACUGGUGGAGGCACUGGAAGGGACGAUAUUGAUGCAGAAGACAUGCAGGAGAGUUAUUUCAAGUAAGUUGAAUAAGUUAUCUUACACUGCUUUUAGGUUCUUGGAAGAUUACAAAGAACGGCACCCUGAAGAAGACGAAGAUAACUUUGAAUACGACGAGGAUGGUAAUGUCGUCUGGACUUGGAAAAAGGCUAUUGAUCCGUUGCCGAGUUGUGAUCACUCCAAGAUCAUUUAUCCAGAGUUCAGGGCUGAUCUUUACAAUGAACACGAAGAGAUUACAGCUUUGACAUCGUUUCAAGUGUUCGAAAUAAGGAAUUCCUUGGAGAUCAAGGUUUAUGGAGCUUGUCCACCUAAGCCUUGUGUCAGUUUUGCCCACUUUAAUCUGGAUGAAAAGCUGAUGAGUCGUCUAAGGAAGUCUGAGUUUUCUAAACCAACAUCAAUCCAAUCUCAGGUAGGAUUAGAGUUAUUUUCUUGUGGUUUUAAAUACGCAUAAUGUAAAGUUCUAAAUAUUUUUAGGCCAUACCAGCUGCUUUAAGCGGACGUGAUGUUCUUGGACUUGCAAAGACGGUAAGUACUGCAAUCACCUUAUAGCGAACACAUUUUAGGGUAGUGGUAAAACAUUGGCAUAUAUUAUACCAUCUAUCGUCCAUGUCGUUUCGCAAACUACAAGCAGUGAAAGCAAAGGCCCCAGGGCUGUGAUAAUAUUACCUACAAGAGAGUUGGCUUUACAAGUAAAUGAAGAAACCAAGUUUUAUGCAAAACCUUACAACUUGAAGAUAAUCUGUGCACACGGAGGAGGUAACAAGUAUGAGCAGGGAAAGAUGCUUGAGUUAGGAUGUGACAUCUGUAUUGCUACUCCGGUAGGUUAACGUAUCAUGAGUAUUAUUGUUUUAGGGAAGACUGAUCGAUUUCAUAAAAAGCGAGGCUACAGACCUGGUACGAACAAGUUUUCUAGUGUUGGACGAGGCUGACAGAAUGUUCGACAUGGGGUUUGGUAAGUAAUUUCAUGCGUAUAUUGUGACACGAGUGUCACACCCUUAUUAACAUGCUGUUUUAGAAGCACAAGUGAAGUCUAUAGCGGAUCAUGUCCGGCCUGAUCGCCAAUGUUUAAUGUUCAGUGCCACCUUUCCUCUCAAAAUUGAAAAAUUGGCUUCUUACGCCUUGAAUCAACCUGUGAAGAUCGUUUGUGGAGAUGUAGGAGAAGCCAAUUCUGAUGUCAUCCAACAUGUACAUAUCUUCUCAAAACAUGAUUUGAAGUGGGAGUGGCUCAUGAUGAAUAUCGUCAAGUUCUGCACAGAUGGAAAGGUUAUCAUAUUCGUAACCAGGAAGUUAAAUGCGGAGGUUGUAGCUGAGAAGCUAAAGCAGCAGAAGAUUGAGAGUGUCUUAUUGCACGGUGACAUGCUACAAGCUGAACGAAGCGAGCGGUUGAAGGUCUUCCGGUCAAAAGUCGCAUGUAUGGUUGCUACUGAUGUUGCAGGUAAGGAAACACAAAUACGACCAGUGUGACAUUGAUUUCAAUUUGGUGCAUAAUGGGUCAAUUUCAGCUCGUGGAUUGGACAUUCCUGAAGUAAAAUCUGUUGUCAAUUACGACGUGGCCAGAGAUAUAAACACUCAUGUGCAUAGAAUUGGCAGAACUGGAAGAGCUGGUAACAAAGGUGAUGCUUAUACUUUGCUGACUCCAGAAGACAAAGAAUUUGCUGGUCCUUUGAUUCAGAAUCUGGAAAACGCGGCUCAGGUCGUUCCUCCGGAACUGACAGAAUUGGCUAAAACUUCGAAAUGGUACCAAGAAAAUGGCAACAUGGAACAGAAAAAGACACGGGUACGAACGGGUUUAGGCUUCACUGACGGUGGAAUUCACAAAACGAUACAGACUGCGGUAGUGCAUCAGAAGGAGACUGUGACACACGAAAUCAACAAAGCUAAGUCCGUAGCCAGCAGCUCUACUGGACUGGGACUUAGCCGCCUGGACACGAUGAGGCAUUUCCUCAAUGGAUCCUACAAGAGUAGCUUCACAAAGGCCAGCUCCGAUGACAAUCUGUCCAUCGCCUACACUGACCCGACCCCACAAUCUCGACAAACUACUCAAGAACCGACCAAAAAGAAGUCGAGAUGGGGGCGAUGA